UAGUCGGAUAGUCCAACCGAUUUAAUAUGAAGAGUCGAUUUUACAACUCAUACUAUGUCGGAUUGUCGGUGUCAGAAACUUCACCAACGCAACCCCUUCUUAUUCCUCUUCCCCUGCUUCUGAAAACCCAACUCACAACUUACAAUGGUGAAGCAGAGUAUUCUAUGGCUUACUGUUACUUCUCUUUUCUUGUUCUCAGCUUCUGCUCUUGAUACCCAAAGUAAAGUGACAAAAAAUCCAGCUGACGAGCUUGUACAAAUGCUGAAUGAUAAUAGAACUGCACACCAUUUAUCAGCCCUCUACAGCAAUCCUGGGUUGGCAUGCAUCGCUUUGCAAUACAUAAAAGCUUAUGAUGGAGAUUGUGGCGACGUAGGUGGACCUAAAGCUAAGAAGCCUGAGGAUUCUUCUUUUGCAGAGACAUUUGCUCCCAAUUGCAAUGUGGAGCCUGCAUCCAUGACUCAAAUCACGGGGCGCUUCCUGGGCUGCCAGUCUAAGUAUCUUAAGCCUGAAAAAGCAUUCUCAGAGAUACUAAUAAAGGAAAGCAAAAGCCUGAACAUUCUCUACAGUAAGAACCACACUGAAGUUGGGGCUGCAGUUAGUGGGUCCGAUGUUGGGGGGCCAUAUUUCUAUUGCGUGCUCUUUAGCAAUGGUAAAUCUAACAGUAGCUUUGUUCUUGAGAACGGUGAGGCUAAAGUAAGUAGACCAGGUUGUUUCAGUGGUGCCAAUGAUUGAAUGAUGAAUGUAACAGUGCUGAAGGUAGGUUUCACUUUUACCAUUUGUUGAACCCUAUUUUAAGAGUUUUGGCUGUUAUUGGAUUUGCUUUCGGCAUAUGAUAAUAAUUCCUUUUGACAUUUGUUCAUUUUGAUUAUACUGAUUGGCUUAAGUUUGGGGGGUGGGGGAGGAGAGAGGAGGGUGAGAGAUUGUACUGUCAAUUGACCGGAGUAUGUUACAAAUCAUGAAGACAAGAGAAUGAAAGAAAUGCAUAUUAUGAUUUGAGAAAACUUGAUCCAACUCUAAUUUCUCCUUGUGCCUUGUCAUUGGCAAAAUUCAUUAUUUACUUCGUUAAAUUUUAACGGUUACUAUGUAUGCUUUCAAUCA